AGGGGGAGGGACCACCCUCAGCAGCAGAGCCUUUAUUUUGCAUUCCUAUUCCAAAAUCGGCCGGGCAGCUCAGGCCAAAAAAGCGCUCCGUUUGCGCUCGGGUUUUUGCUUUGUUUUGGAGAUCCACAGAGUCCUGUUGCGGCUUGAAGACUACCUGUUUUUAUUGGAGCAUUUGGUGCAAUAAAGCCCACUUUCUUAAGUGCCUGGGAUAUAACCUGGGGUUUCCGGAAUUUCCAAGUGGGACAUCCGACAGAAAAUCUGGGACUACAUGGAAGCAAAUAACUUGGCCGAUUUCCCAAGACCUGUCCAUCACCGGAUCCCCAAUUUCAAGGGAUCUUUCCAGCUGAGUUGUUCCAUCCAAGGAUGUGACAUGUUUAAUAAAGCCAAGGAAGUGAAGGUGGAUCCUGACAAACCUCUUGAGGGAAUCCGGCUAGCCGUCCUCCAGGCCAGGAAAACACUCUUGGUACCAACCCCUCGCCUGCGGACAGGCUUGUUCAACCGAAUUGUCCCUCCCCCUGGAGCAACAAAAGAGGUCCUAAGAAAAUGUGCCACAUCUCAGGGUGUCAGGGAUUACAGUGUCCCUGUAGGGCUAGACGCAAAGGUGCAAGUGGACUUGGUCGUUGUCGGGUCUGUGGCUGUUUCAGAAAAAGGCUGGCGGAUCGGGAAAGGGGAAGGCUAUGCAGACAUGGAGUACGCCAUGAUGGUCUCCAUGGGAGCAGUGAGAGAGGACACAGUGGUCAUCACGGCUGUUCAUGACUGCCAGGUUGUAGACAUACCUGAAGAGCUGCUGGGAGACCAUGAUCUAACUGUGGAUUACAUCCUGACCCCAACGAGAACAAUCAAGACAGGAUGCAAGCGCCCCAAACCUCAAGGGAUCCUCUGGCACAAGGUCAGUCAUGAAACAAUGGCAAAAAUCCCAAUCCUCAAGAAGCUCCACCACAAGGAGAAACGAGAAGGCAAGGACGUCACCCUCGGAGAUGACCGGCCGGAGCAUUCCACUGCUGGCCAGCCGACGAAAGCCGCCCGCAGCCGUCGGUGGCAAAGCGCCGGGUGGCAGAAGGAGACCGGCCGAGCCCAAGCAGGACUGGAGCAGGAGCUGGUGUCAGAGCAACCGGCCCCACCCCUUAUCCAGGACACCGUGUAUGUGGGUGGCCUGCCUCCGGCCGCCAGAGUGAGUGAGUUGAAGGAAGAGCUCCAGGCACGGCACGCCACUCCCGUGAGGCUCACGUGGCACGGGGCCCGCUACCAGGCGUUUCUCCAUUAUGCCAGCCCGUCGGCCGCCGAGGGGGCCAUCACCGCUUUGCAAGGCUUGAAGCUGCACGGGAGCCCCCUGCGCGUCGAGUGGGCCAGGAGCCCGCCUCACCCAAAGACCAGCCAACGCCAGUAGACGGAGAACAAAAAUGGGCCUUUGAACUGCAGGCUCUCCAGAGGGGUGACCCAGUGGAGCAGGAAGAAUGGCUUCUCUUUGUUUGGACAGCCUGGAGAGGAGAUGUGGCCUGCCUGAGAACUUUGUGUGGCUGCCAGCUGUGUACCUGAAAAAUAAAUUUAAAAAGCAGGGGGUGAUUU